ACUGUAAUCCCAAAAGUUAUUUGCAUUCAAAUGGUUUAGCUAUAAUCACUGAUGGUAAUUAAUUUUCUCUGUAAAACUAAAAUCAUAUUACUGUGUCAGACAGAACUCAUUGGUUGAAGCUUUUUGCACUUAACCUAUAUUGUUUUGCAUGUGAUGCACUAAAAUGAAUACAUUUAACAUGGUUCUUUCUAUUUUAAGUUUAUUCUAAUAAAUAGUUUAAGUUCAAUUUUUAUAAGAGAAUAAGUUUUAAACUCAACAAUCAAAUAAUAAAAGUAAAUUUGAUGUUUACUGAUUAUGUUUAGUUGAAAGUACUUUCACUAUUUUUAAGUUUUUGUUGCCCCUCCCAUAUUUUUCCCGCUGGAACCGAAGAGACUUCUGGACUUGUUUGUCAGAAGAAAUGAAGACAAGUCGUUUUUGGUGGUUUUGCCAGGGCUUGGACAUGUUUGUUUCAGUCUUCAGUCGAUAGGGAGUACUUUUCCUCAAACCUUCACGCAAACUGGGAAUGGAUAGCGCUAGUCUUCAAACUUCCCGAGAAGCCAUGGUUGAUGAAAUGAAGAAAAAAUCUCCGGAUGUUUCCAUCAUAAAACAUGCCAUGAACACCACUUUUGCCUUAAGAAGAGCAGAAGUAGUGAAGGAUAAGCCUGACAUCAGGCAGAUGGUUCAGCGGUGGCCAGCGCUUUUUACUGAAAGCCAGGUCAACUUGGAAUUCACCAGAAUUACUGGAAAAAGCCUCAUAGGAGAAUUCUUUUCUGCUCUGGAUGGUCUGUAUCCUGGCUUAGAAGAGGUCUUCACGAGAAAGACAGGACGUGUGGGCCAAGAACUGGCAGACCUUCGGAAGCAAAAGCAGAGCAUGGAGCCCACUGUCAACAGAUGUUACGCCUUGAGGGGACUUCCAAUUAUUCUUGGGGACAAUGCCUCCAAGUUCUUAACGAGUCAAAAAAAUGCUGCUGAUGGUGACCUUGAAAUCCCAAUAGGAAUCAUCUUCAAUGGUGAAAACGGAAGUCCAGAGCAAGAACUGAACCCCUCCCAACUGGGGAUCCUUCUAGAGGGCAAUGUGGUUAUGGAUUCCAUCUGCAGUCUUCCUUUGGCAAUGUGUCUCCUGUUCGGACUGACUUAUGCACUCCACUUGGAGUACCCAAAGUGCAUGAAGAAUACCUUCCUGUUUAUCCAGCAGAUUAUGCUGAAUCUGGGACGAAACGAUCCUCCUCCAAAACUCCAAAGGCUAAAAAAUGAGCUUUCAAUGUGAGAUACUGAGAUAUGUUCUUACCUUAGCUUUGAAGAGUUGAUGCAUACCAGUAACCCUAGUGCACUCUGAAGCAUAGACUGAGUUACUGGGGGGAUGAAGAAGUGCUCCUACAGUGUUAUUACACCUUGUAAUAUAGUACCCCUUCUUAUCGGCUUAGAAAAUCCACACAUUAAAUUUAGUUAAACUAAACUUGGAAGAGUGUCACUUUGAGGCUUUGCUCCAUUUGCAUGACUGAGGGCACGCACAAAGACAAAACUGGUACACAUCAACUCGUCAAAGCUAAGGUAAGAACAUAUCUUAUGUAAAAUCAGUGACCUAUUCCUUUAAUUUCAUUGUCUCGCUGGGGCCAUUCCUUAUUCCAUAGUUUUUAUUUUUCCAAGUUAAAAUAUUUGUGGAAAUAAGUUUUACUGUUACAACUUGUUACCCAGAGUGUCACACCAAAGUUCUUUACUUGUGAUACACAGUUUUAUCUGUUUAAAAGGAUUGUUUUAAAGAAAAUGUUUUAUAUGAAGUUCAAUUGUGCACUUGUUUCACUUACUGUGAAAAAAAAACUACCUCAGAGACCACAAAUAAGUUCUUGUCAAAAAGUGUCUUGGAAUAACUGAAAUAUUGAAAUAAUGUUUCUGAAAGAAAUGUUUUCUUAGAAGCGCCAUGUGUAAAAAUUGUAAUACUGUUCAAAGGAAAACAAAAGUCUUGUUUUGUUAUAAAUAAAGUAAAAAAAAAAAACA